GGAAAUGAAAGAUAUUUAAAGAAUGCCGAUACUAAAUCGAAACCGGUCAGUUUAUCAGAAAACGUUCAGUGAAUCGAGCCUCUUCGAAUCUCGCUCUCUACGACGAACGAUUUUUCGAAAAUAAAAAAAAAAUGUCGACAGCGUCCACACCUACAAAUAUCAUAAACAAAAACGAUGAUGACCAACGAAAAUCGCCACAAGGAAGUCCGCCUAACAUUCCGAAGCUGAUGCCGGGAGGAAACUAUAUAAGAAUAGGUAAAGAUUCGGCGCACAGCACGUGCGUGGUGUUCGCCCCGCGCGCCGAAGAAGUCGGAGUCUUGGCGAAAUAUUUGAAAAUAUUCAAAAAUCACGGCGUGAAUCUUCUGCACAUCGAAUCGAGACCUUCGACCAAAACGCCGGAAAAUUACGAAUUUAUGGUGGAGUGCGCGCCGACCGGAAACCUCGGAGCCGCCAUAACCGAUUUGAAAAACACCAGCAACUAUUUCCAGAUUAUAUCGAGAGAUUACAAAGAUAAUAAAGACACCGUACCGUGGUUUCCGAGGCGAAUUAGGGAUUUGGAUCGAUUCGCUAAUCAAAUUUUAUCGUACGGAGCCGAAUUGGACGCCGAUCAUCCGGGAUUCACGGAUCCCGUAUACAGGGCGCGCAGAAAAUAUUUCGCGGACAUCGCUUUCAAUUACAAACAUGGGCAAAAAUUACCUCACGUAGAUUAUACAAAAGAAGAAAUUGAAACUUGGGGUAAAGUUUUUAAGCAACUAACUACGUUAUAUCCUACCCACGCCUGUAAAGAGCAUAAUCACGUAUUUCCUUUACUGAUUGAAAAUUGUGGUUAUAGAGAAGACAACAUACCGCAAUUAGAAGAUAUAUCUAACUUCCUAAAAGAUUGUACUGGUUUUACUUUACGUCCCGUAGCGGGUCUAUUAUCAUCUAGAGACUUUCUAGCCGGUUUAGCAUUCAGAGUUUUCCAUUCCACCCAGUAUAUCAGACAUCCUAGUAAACCCUACUACACCCCCGAACCCGACGUAUGCCACGAAUUAUUAGGACACGUACCCUUAUUCGCCGAUCCGGAAUUCGCUCAAUUUUCCCAAGAAAUCGGUUUGGCAUCGUUGGGAGCACCAGACGAUUUUAUAGAAAAACUAGCCACGUGUUUUUGGUUUACCGUUGAAUUUGGAUUGUGUAGAGAAAAUGGAGAAUUGAAAGCUUAUGGGGCGGGUUUGUUAUCGAGUUUUGGAGAAUUACAAUACGCCCUAGAAAUGAAAUCGGAAAUAAGACCUUUCGAUCCGGUUAAAACGGCCGUACAAAAAUACCCGAUAACCCAAUAUCAACCUAUUUAUUACGUCGCCGAAAGCUUCGAAGAUGCCAAAGAAAAAAUGAUAAAAUAUGCGAGUACAAUACCAAGAAAAUUUGGUGUCAGAUACAACGCUUAUACCCAAAGCAUAGAAGUUUUAGAUUCUAAAUUACAAAUUCAACGCUUGGUUAGUAAUAUAUCGACGGAAAUGUCCAUACUGACUGAUUCUUUGAAAAAAUUGUAAUACCUUACGAAAUCUUAGUAUUAUUUGUUUUUUUAUAUAUAUAUUUAUAUUAUUUAGUGAAUAAAUAAACAUUUAUUUCCUAUAUUUUGAUAUUUUUAUGAGGGAUAAUCUUCAAUGAUAGGUUUAAAUGUAAGUUAUAAAUAUAAAUUGAAAUAUACGUUUUUAUUUGUCUGUAUAUAUCACAAUAAUUAAAAUAGGUGUUAAUAAAAUAUAGAA